GGGCUCUUUUCAGACCACAUCCCUUAGGGAAACAGUUUGUAUGUUUCUGGUUUUUCUCUUCUGUAGUGUACUCUGGUCCAGACAUGUGUGGCUUCAGACUCAUCAUUCCAACUGAGCUGCUUCUUUUCUACCUCCUGCUGCACCCUCUAGAUGCUAUUUUAUAUGGAAACCAGACAAAUAUACUGAUGCACUAUCCUUCAUCCUUGGAAUCCUAUACACCAUCCUCAGAUUCCUCAUCCUGCCAGACCCUGCUCCCAAAGUCCCUGCCUGGCUUCACCCAAAUGGCCGCUCUCCCCAAGUUCCUGGUAGGCCUGCCACUGAUGAUUGCCCUGAAGGAAGCUGGCUGCCAUGCUGAUGUACGGACCCUGCAACUUCAGCUCUACCGCCAGGGUGGUGUAAAUGCUACACAGAUCCUCAUCCAAUAUCUUCAAGGGCUGGAGAAAGGCAGAAGCACAGGGAGAGGGGUGUCAGUGGAUACCCUAGUCUCUGCUCUGCAGCUGAUGGCCAAGGAGCAGCCAGGCCCAGAGAGGGCCCGACGCUCUCUCCCCAGCAAGGACUGUGAGUAUGAGCAGGAGCAGGGUGUACACAAUAUAGCCCAGUUGUUGCCAGGAGUGGAAACCUACUACAACCUGGGCACAGCUUUGUAUUAUGCUGCUCAGAACUGCUUGGAAAAGGCCAAGGAACGAGGCCAAGAUGGGGUCAUAGACCUGGGUUAUGACCUUCUAAUGGCCAUGACUGGACUGUCAGGGGGGCCCAUGGGACUAGCAAUCAGUGCUGCACUUAAACCUGCAAUGAAGGCUGGGGUUCAACGGUUGAUACAGUAUUACAAUGAGAAAGAGGCCAACACCCCUCCACCAGAGACCAGCAAAGAGGGCUUGGGCAGUACUUCAGAUGUGAAUGACAUGGCAGAAAUAACUACCAUGGCCCCUUUGGUGUCGGAAGUAGUAAAUUCAGCUCCUUACUGGGGGUGGCCCUUAUUUGAGAGCUAUGACUUAAAUCCUGGGAAUGAGAAUUUGGGGAUAUAAAAAGUGGUAAAUGCAGAAUGAAUAAAUCUAAUAUUCUGACAAACUGUAUGUGUGUUUUCAAAAUCCAAAUCUCUAAUGUGUUAUCAGGAGGAAGGCAGUGCUGUAAAAUGUGGGAACUUUAAAGUUUGGGAUUUGGAGUCGGGUUUGGUUUUAAAUCUAGGCUCCACUUGUUAGAGCCUCAGUGAUCACUGACUAGUAAUUUAACUUCUUUCUCCAAGCUUAGUUUUUAAAAUUUCUGAAGUGGGGAUAAUGAUUUUCACCUCAAUGUGUUUUGUGGACAUUAAA